CGCGUUCACGGGACGGGGGUCUGGAUAAGUUGUUUGCUUUAAUGGUUUCUCUCUGCGCAUGGUUCAUCUCUUUUAAUUUUUUUUUUUCUUUGAGUAAGGCUGGUAGAUUGUAAAUCGUUUGAGUGGCGGAACAAGAACUCGACUGAAGGAAAACUAUGUACAGGGCCCUGUACGCUUUCAAAUCCGAGGAGCCGAACUCGCUUCCCUUCGCGGCCGGGGAGAGCUUCCUAAUCCUGGAGCGCAGUAACACGCACUGGUGGCUCGGCUCCCGGUGCAGCUCCGGUGAGACCGGGUACAUACCCGCCUCAUACAUCCAGAAGAUCCAGGCUCCAGAGCACGAUGAAGUGUUGCAGUCCAUUGACAGAGCCAUCGAGGGCAUCCAUAACGUGGCCAUGAAAAAUGGAGGCAAAUACAACUUGGAACAAAGAGAAGUGCUGCAGAAGCUGAUCCACCACAGGAAAGAGACACUCUCUCGACGUAGUCCGACUCCUUCCACUCACAAACAGAGCAUCUCAUCCUCCAGCAGUGAACUGUCGCUAAGUCGUACCCCCCAGCCCCUCAAUGGUCUUAGCCGAGCUUACAGCUGCCAGGACAGCGAGUCAAUUCCAGAUAACACUGAGAAUGUGCCAGGACUUUAUCAGGUGCCCCCUCAGCCCCGUCAAGCAGUUCCCAUAACCCCGCCCCCUCCAGAGAAGCACAGGGAGAACCGGCGCCCAGCAGAUCCUGAGGAGCUGGUCAAAGUGACCUCCACUGGUCUCACCCACAGCCCGGAUUUGACCGCUUAUAGAGCACCAUCCGCCUCUGUCAGCUCCGCCUCCUCCGUAUCCUCACAGUCAGGUUCCACUCGCUCCAUCAUUUCUUCGGAUGUCAGCCUUCCUAGUGCUGGCAGCACCCCACCUCCUGUGCCAAGCCGUGCCAAGGCCCCGCCCCCUCCCCCACCGGACUCCUCCUCAUCUCUCCCACCACAACCAGCACCCUCUAGAAAGGGUCCAGCCCCUCAACCCCAGCCUCAGCCAAUCACACCACAGCCUGCCACUGAGGACCAAUCAGAAGCUGAGUGGCCAUCAGCCCCGCCACCCAUUUCUAUCAGCUCCAAUAGUAGUCCCACCCGUUCAGCAUCUGUCCCCACGACAACCGGGGCAGAGUUGAUUGAGCUAGUAAGGAAAAACACAGGCCUUAGUUAUGACAUGUCCCGUGUUGCUGUGGGCGUGGUGGUUGGGCACCUACAGGCUACUAUUCCUAAAGCAGCAGCUGACCUGGAGCAAGUGCUGCUUUCAUUGGUCGAGAGCAAGGACAUGAGUGCAGCGUUGCCACGGGGACAGCUGUGUCACGACGAGCAACGGUUGGAGGUGAUCUUUGCUGAUCUGGCACGCCAUCGUGAUGAUGCGCAGCAGCGUAGCUGGGCUUUGUAUGAGGACCAUGCUCUCAUAGCAUGCUACCUGCAGGAACUCCUGCAGAUACUAACUGACGCAGACCCGGAGGUGUGUAAAAGGAUGUGUAGGGCCAAGCAGUCAGAACCGGUCCUCUCUCUUGUCUCCUACUACCAGAUGGAACACAGGGUGUCUCUGCGGCUGCUCCUGCUCCAGGUGUUUGGGGCGAUGUGCGGCCUUGACUCUGCACUCAUCUCCACCCUCCUUAACUCCAUCUUGCCCAUGGAGCUGGCCAGAGACCUGCAGAACGACAUGCAGGAGCAUCAGAAGAUGUGUUACACUGCGCUGGUUUUGGCCAUGAUCUUCUCUAUGGGAGAACAGGUGCCCUACCACCAUUACGACCACCUGAACACCGGCUUUGUGCAGUUCCUGUUAGACGUGAUUGAGGAUGGUCUUCCUUCAGACAGCAGUGAGCAGCUGCCAGACCUGUGUGUCAACCUACUCUUGGCUUUCAACUUGCACCUUACAGUGCCAGAAAAUAACAUGGUGAUGCAGACUUUGAUCAAGAGACACAAUGUGAAGAUACUCUCAGAGAAGAUUCUACUGUUGCUUAACAGAGGAGAGGACCCUGUGUGCAUCUUUAAACAUACGCCCCCUGCCCCCCACUCAGUACUGAAGUUCCUGCAGGACGUUUUUGCCAGUCGUGACUCUGCAACCAUCUUCUACCACACUGAUAUGAUGGUGAUGAUUGACAUUGCUGUACGGCAGAUAUCGGAUCUCUCUCCUGGCGAUAAGCUGAGGAUGGAGUACCUCUCUUUGAUGCACGCCAUUAUGUGCUCCACUGAUUACAUGCAGCACAAGCACCGUUUGUCUGAUCUGCAGGCUACACUGCAAAGGAUUCUGGGAGAGGAGGACGACCCCAGAGAGGACAAAGGCUCAGCCUCGGCCAGACAGAUGGACAAGCUUAUAGUCCAGCAGAUUUAUAAAGAGUUUCUUGAGAGCAGCAGGAACUAAUGGCUUGGGGCUUCAUGCUGAUGGAGCAUACUCCAGUGAGUGAGUUCCCUUGGAAAGAGGGAUCAAGAACAGUCUGCAAAAUACCAUAGUCUUUGUUUCAGUUAAAAUGAGAAGAAGGUAGAUUCUAGAUUUGAUAGCUCAGGGUGGUGCUCCAUGGGACUCUUUUGAAGCCUAAGUAGUUGAAAAUGUAGUACUUGUAGACUUAGAACUGUGCAGCAUCUUCCCCCUGCUUUAGGGAAUAUUCUGUUCAACACUCUCUGGAUCUUGGUGAUGAAAUGGCAGCAUUCUCCCUAAAAGGGGCCAUGCUGUAGUGUGCUCUUGUAAAUUUGGGAUCCUGGUCUUUGGUUUAAAUCAUAAUGAUAGUGCACACUUCUUUCUGACUCAUCUGUAUUGGUCUGCUGCUUGUGCUUUUGUAUGGUACUCGACUCAAUUACUCGACUCAUUUAACUGCUGAGCUCUCUGGCUGACGCUCGCAUGCAGCAUAUAGGUGGAAUCUGUUACCGAGUACAUGCUAGUGCCAGAUACUGCACUGAAAAACACCCCACCUUACUGCUAAUCCGUGCUCAACUGCAUACUGAAGCAAGCUUUAUGCUGAUAGUCUGCGUUGAAAAGUGUUUUGAAUGCCAGUGUUAAGAAAAACGAGGGAUGAACCAGACAUGUGGUCAUUGUGUUAAUACCCUUCGGUUUGUUUGUUUUUUUAAUUUGUUUACCACAUAUUGAUCAUCUGAUGUCUCAGUUUCUACCUCUCUGCUGUGGUACUCGAUUGCUCGCGUCCAUCCCCUCCCCCCCUCCUUUCUUCCUUCCCUCUCUCACUUCUCUGUAUUCCAGUGUCUUAGCCUCUGUAACCACUGAUUUGGCACUUAAUCAGCAGUUACAAGUGCCGGGUUACAGACACCAUUUUAGUUAAUACAGACACCCGCACUCAUGUAUACAGUAGACAAAUGCGCAGAUGCACAGAAUGAAUGAACUCAGAAUGGUCUGGUUAAAUAAGCAUGUGUGAGAGAUUUAAAGUGUUAAACUGUGUAUAUGUGUACAUGGACCUGUGUUGUGGUUUUGCCACCUUAAAGGUGAGUGUUUUUUGAGAAUUUGUGAACAGAACAACUGUCAACAUAUAUAUAUAUAUUUUUCCCAAUUAAAUUACAUUUGAGAAGUUUCAGCAGGAAAAUGGUAACAAAAAGUAUUUUCUUAAAGUUUACAAAGCUAAUAAAAUGCCAGUCAUCCUAAUGAACACUA